UUGACUGUGUGCACGCUUGUCAUAGCUCUUACCACAGUAAACUCUGCCAUCAUUCUGUCUCAUAUUAUCUGCUCCCAAUGCACUGUUUGCUCAUGCUCAGAAAGGUCCACUCGUUGCUGCUACAUUGUCAUCAUCAUAUCAUUUCUAUGUGCCCAGCUAACUCAAAGUCUGGACUAUGGUACAUUCUCAGGAAUGUUUGCACAGUAAUAUUUGUGUAUGAGGGGAGCUAGAGAUGAUGUUACACUUAGAUGUUGCCACUGGGUGGCCGGUGAUGUCUUGUGCAGAUGGCGACUAUGAGAAGCAGAAUUUGGAGUGGGCUAGGCUGGCACUGAGGGAAGCAGUCUACUUGGAAUUUCAGUUUGGCAUCAUCAGCAUUUAGGAGAUAUUGGAAACUAGAAGAGGUUAAAAUACCCCUGGAGAAGAGAGUUUGGGGAAUAGUCGUAUUGAGGGAGGGAGAGGCAGGUGCCAGUUCCAGUAGAAUGGAAAAUGAAGGGGAGGUGAGAGACAUAAGGACAGAGGAUCAGGAAUGUGGAUUAGGCAUCUUUGGCUAUGCAGUCUGUGUCAUUCAGUGGUGAGAGCUCAGGAUAUUGGCAGACAUCUUAUAUCAACCAUGUAACAUGGGUACCUUUUUUUGGUCCUUGCUUCACAAGUGAGAAAACUUUUACAUGUUGAACUUGUAGUUUCAACAUGGCUUUAGAAUACCGUCUCUUCAGGUGGGAAUAGGAGGUAUGGCCUUGAGCACACCUGCAGCGGGCAGAUAACAUAAGAGAAAUCACCCUGAGAAGAUCUCAUGGGUACAGGUUACAACCCCAAGGCUCAGCACAUGGUUGACAGUGACAAGACCCUAUUCUCCUGGGCUGGACUCCUUUCUACAGCUAGGAGUCAAUGGCAGGAGACAGAACCAAACCCUGUGAGCUGGACCAAGAGAAAUAUGAUGCUGAUGACAAUGUGAAGAUCAUCUGCCUGGGGGACAGUGCAGUGGGCAAGUCCAAACUCAUGGAGAGAUUUCUUAUGGACGGAUUCCAGCCACAGCAGUUGUCCACAUAUGCCCUGACCCUGUACAAGCACACGGCCACAGUAGAUGGCAAGACCAUUCUUGUGGAUUUUUGGGACACAGCGGGCCAGGAGCGGUUCCAGAGCAUGCAUGCCUCCUACUACCACAAGGCCCAUGCCUGCAUCAUGGUGUUCGACAUACAGAGGAAAGUCACCUACAAGAACCUGAGUACCUGGUACACAGAGCUUCGGGAAUUCAGGCCAGAGAUCCCAUGCAUCGUGGUGGCCAACAAAAUUGAUGACAUAAAGGUGACCCAAAAAAGCUUCAAUUUUGCAAGGAAGUUCUCCCUGCCCCUGUACUUUGUCUCAGCUGCUGAUGGUACCAACGUCGUGAAGCUCUUCAAUGAUGCCAUUCGAUUAGCUGUGUCUUACAAACAGAACUCCCAGGAUUUCAUGGACGAGGUUUUGCAGGAGCUUGAGAACUUCAAAUUGGAACAGAAAGAGGAGGAUGUGCCAGACACAAAGCAGAGUGGCGUCAUCGAAAGCCCAUCACAACAGGCGGCCUCUCCCCACAGCUGAUGAGCAGGGUGGGGCCCUUUCUAAAUACCCCCCUAGCACCCUCCAUUCUGAAUGGAGACACUCCAGGCCAUCCCUUGUUUCACCUCUUGUAAACCUGCCCAUCCUGUGUGCCUAGCUCAGGAUAAGGUCAGCACUAGAGAACUCUCUGGUCAGGUGUGAGAGGUCCAUACUAGACCUUGAAGCAGAGUUAGGGAUCAAUAUCAUUAACACCUUCUCCAUCCCCUACUGCACAGGCCAUACAGUUAAGAGGAUCAGGGAAAAUCAUUGGGUGUCUCUUUAAUAAAAGGAAAUUUAGGUUGUUGGGUUUCUUUUCCUUCCUAAAACUGCCCUCAGGGACUUUUCCUUAUGUUUCUGCUGAGGCAGUGGCUACCCCUAUUGCCACCACCACACAAUCUGUGGGCCCCACACCCUUUCCCACUUGAUCAUCCAUCCUUUUUCCCCUUUAGUCUCCCAACUCUCUUUAUCUUAAGAUGUUCUUAAGCAGACUUUUAAGCACCUCCUGUUUCAAGAGCUCUUCUAGGUAAGGCUGAGAUUACAGGAACCGGCUUGCCAUUGGCACUAAGUUACCUGGCACUAGGUAACAGGUCCAACCUAGUAAAACAUAAGCAUUGUUGGUAAACAUCAGGUGUUAACACACCCAUUGAGAUUAAAGAAAUUGACUUUAAGAAGAUCUUCCUUUAAAAUCCCAAUUUCAACAUAAGAGGCUAUAUGUCCUUUCUUUGUUUCGAGGGUUGCUUAGGCAUCGUACCUCCUGCAGGAGACGGGCUACAGGAGCAUCUGCCAUCUUCACUCCUGUCUAGGACUUGUGCUUGGCUUAUAUGUUUUUAUGAUCAUCUUGUAUAUCAUUUGCAUUGUUUUCAUUAAUUUAUUUUGUUUUUAUUUCCUUUUUUACAGUAAAGGUUGAGUUACACAAAUAUUGAGUAUAUGUGCAUGCUUUAUAGGUCUGAAGAGUACUCAGUGAAAAAAAGAAUUUGCAGAUCAUCAGCCACGUUAACGAGGCCGCAGGGUAAUACAGGUUAACUCUUCAUUUGCUGUAAGAGAGCAUUUCAGUGGAAUUUGGCAUUUUAAAAAGAAUAAGUAUUAAAUUGGGAGCUCAAGAACAAAUGUUUACCCUUUAUUUUAGUGAUACAUAUUCAGUGUAAGAUAUUUCACCUGAUGGGGGGUUUCUAGGAAUGCAUUACCCUGAUGAGGUGGGACUUAACAAAGAAAAAAAAAGAAAAACUUUAGUUAUUGUAAAUGAGUAAUAAAUAUUUCUGUAAAAUACAAC